AUGGAAACCGUCAUCCAAAACCAGAAAACGGCCCUCAUCACAGGCGCCGCGUCCGGCGUUGGCUUCGCCGUAGCCAAGCUCUGCCGCAGCAAGGGCAUGCAUUUGGCACUUGUGGACAUCGAUCGCGAGACCCUCACCGAGACAAAAAAAGUACUUUACGACCUCAACCCGUGCCUGCGAAUCGAGGCAUAUGCCCUAGAUGUUGCCGAGAAACCCGCGUGGACGGAGGCGGUGCAGCAGAUUGUUCAACUUUUCCCACAGAUUGACCUGGUGGUCUUGAAUGCUGGCAAAUCAUACAAGGCCCUGGGACAACCUGACGGGGGACGACUCAAACCCUGGUUGGAUUCUACUUACUGGACAAAGACGCUGGACACAAAUGUCUUUGGUCCUUUAAUCGGGUUGGAAGCUCUUCUUCCGCUUUUGCUGGCCUCGACAACACAAACGCCCAAAUCGAUUGUCAUCACCGGGUCGAAACAGGGCAUCACGAAUCCCCCAGGUGCCGGCAACCCUGCGUACAAUGCCUCCAAAGCGGCCAUUAAGAGCUUGACCGAGCAUCUCGCCCACGACCUUCGCUCCGACCCAGCGACCGCACAUAUCUCUGUCCACCUUCUCAUCCCCGGUUGGACAUGGACGGGACUGAUGGGCAAUGUGGGCCCAACGCAUGAAAGCGAGGUCAAAAAGCCUUCGGGGGCAUGGUAUGCGAGUCAAGUCGCGGAGGAAUUGCUGGCGGGGCUAGAAAGAAGAUCCUUCUAUAUUAUUUGUUCGGAUGGAGAGACCGACUGGGCUCUCGACCAGGCUCGAAUGAAAUGGGCCAGUGAAGAUGUAACCGAAGACCGACCGGCCCUGUCCCGCUGGGAGGAGAGCUGGAAAAGCCGUGCCGAUGCUGAGAUUCAGGCAGAUGCAAAGACCCGACGAGGUUGA